UGUCUUCAACUGUCAGUGUUUGUUUUCGGCUUUUAUUUUUCUUGUGUACUCAAUAGUACUCAUCGUACUUUAACUGCCUUCGAAUAAUUUGUUUCUUAUUUGAAAUCUUUUCAAUAUUAUGAUACAACAUGGACGCUGUAUUUGAUAUAUGUUAUUUAGCAACAGAUGGUAACAACAUUGAACCUGAUGAUAUUCCUAAGACAAAGGAUUACGUUUGGGUCUUGGGUAAAAAAUAUAGUGCUAUUCAAGACUUGGAUCGCAUCAGACGGGAUAUAACAUCCAUAAUAUGGUGUACCUAUCGAAAGGGAUUUGUACCUAUUGGAGAUGAAGGACUAACAUCUGAUAAAGGUUGGGGUUGCAUGUUGCGAUGCGGACAGAUGGUCCUUGGAGUAGCUCUCGUCAGGAUACACUUAGCUUCAGAUUGGGUAUGGACCCCAGAAACAAGAGAUCCUAUUUAUUUGAAAAUAGUUCAAAGAUUUGAAGAAAGGAAACAAGCUCCAUACUCGAUCCACCAAGUGGCACUAAUGGGGGCAUCUGAGGGCAAAGAAGUUGGACAGUGGUUUGGCCCUAACACUGUAGCACAGGUUCUGAAGAAGUUGGUGGUGUAUGACAAAUGGAGUUCGCUAGUGAUACAUGUGGCUUUAGACAAUACUGUUGUUACAGAAGACAUUUUACAGCAGUGUAUAGUGAAGAAUGACCGAGGGGACAGCUCGAGCUCCCCUGACAAAGUAGUUACCGAUUGGAUGCCUUUGCUCUUGAUUGUGCCUCUGAGACUUGGCCUUAGUGAAAUAAACCCAGUUUACAUUGAAGGACUGAAGAUGUGCUUCCAAUCACCACAGUCUAUAGGUGUGAUAGGAGGCAAACCAAACCAAGCUCUGUACCUGAUAGGGUGUGUCGCUGAUGAAGUCAUAUACUUAGAUCCACACACUACCCAGCGCUCUGGACUAGUUGAAACCAAAAUUACUGAUGACCAAAAAGAAAUGGACUGUUCUUAUCACUGCAAAUAUGCGUCUCGUAUCCCCAUGCUUGCAAUGGACCCUUCAGUGGCUGUGUGUUUCCUGUGCCGAACAAGAAGUGACUUCGACGAAUUGUGUACCACCAUUCAGCAAAAGCUAAUGAAGGAGACCCAACCCCUCUUCGAAAUAUGCGAGAAGAGGCCAUCGCACUGGGGCCCCAGUACUGCCGACAUAGAUUUACAAAACACGAGCCUAUUUACUGAAUUUGAAGAUGUGGACCGGCAAUUUGAUGAUUCAGAUGAAGAAUUUGAAAUUCUAUGAGAGGAGUCUGAUAUAGACAGGUAUAGAGUAAAAUAAUAUUUAGUGUUAUACAAACAUACAAUCACAAGAACUUGAUAUUACUAUGGUAGCGUGAUAAUAGUUGUAUUGGCGCCAUCUAGCGUAAGCUUUUUUAGUUUUUUAUAUAGAUUCCAAAACGUUGCAUAAUUUAUUCGUAAUAAAUUAAUUUCAUAUUAAUUUCUGCAAAAGUUUGGAUUCGCGUAUUGCCUGCCAUUCCUUAAAACAUUUACAGAACGCAUUUCAUUAAGACAGAGUCAACUGAAACGCCACCUUUACCAAAAUAAAUGUAAUCCUACAGAAAUAGAUGCAAUUUUUUUAAUUUCGUUGUAUGUAUGUAUGUGUAAGCUUUAUUGUACAUAAAGGAAACAAAAGAGACAUAGUUACAGAGUCAGUAAUGUACAGUCACCGGCAUAAAUAAGUGAUAAUUUCUGUACCUUGUCAUAUUAACGUCUUGUUUGAAAUUGUCAGACGAUUAAUAGCGACAAGGUACAGAAAUCAUCACUUCUUUAUGACGGUGACUGUACAAAUAUUGAUCAUGUGAAGAUAAUUCAGUUUUCUAGUCAUGUUGACCUGCAGUACGGUGGCAAACUAAAGUGUUCAUGAGAUACCUAUUAUAUUUGGUAGAAUACGACGUUUAGCACAAAAUAACUGAAGUUCAGUUCCAAACAACUGUUAAAUUUUAUACAUUUGCAGCUUUAAAUACAAAGAAUUAUAUAGGUAAUUAUGUAGGCAUCUACUCAUUUUAAUCGAGAAAGCAUUACUUGCAAUUAACACAAUUGUGUCACAUUUAAGUUGACGCUUGUUAAUUAUAUUAAUAAAUAGCUAUUUUUAUACAAUUACUGUAAUUUUUAUUUGUCCAUUAUGUAUGAAUAUACUAUGUACCUACUCAUAAUUUUGUUAGCUAGGAAUCUGUCGGAAUAUAAUUAUAGUAUACCAUAUUGUGUUGGAAACUUAACCAACACUUAUUUAUUUAUUGUAUCGCUUCUCAUAAUUUUGAUUGAAUAAAUGUUUUA